AGAUGGUUAAUUUCUCAGACUGCCACCUAGAGUAUUUUAGCCUAAUCUUUAUCAGUUAGGUGCAGUUAUCUUCUCUGUGGCCUGGCAGGGAUUAUGUUCUUACAUGCACCUGGAAGAAGGUGAUAUCUCCCCAAACAUCCUUGAACUCCAUCUCUGUUGUCAUUAGCACUCUUACUACCUCCACACUCUGAUAGCAAUUGUUACUAGUUUAUUGACUGAAAAGCACUGUGAUCCUGCCUCCUCCAAGGGUGAAUUGCUCCCUGCAGUAUAAUUGUUAGAUGGUAAACCUCUAUUAUCCUCUGACAGUUAUUCUCUACUCUAGCCCCGAGCCAUGAACUUGAAGGUGUCACUCUGGUCUGACAAAUGGUCAGGUGUGACCACAUAGAACUGUGAUACUUGUGUGUGUUUAUGGUACCAGUGUGUAUAUAAAAAGAGGCUUUGGAAAGACAUGGCAUUAGGCUGCUAAAUAAUCUUAUAACAUCAUAUUCAGUCAUCUUUUGGUGGAUAAAGAAAGCUUAAUUAGUUUAUACAUUGAAGAUACAAUCAGAAAUAGACAAACAUUUCUUGUACGUAUAUGCAUUUGCUGUUUUACAUGGAUCUCCCACUAUAGGAUUUUUGCAAAUACUAUUAUGACUUAUUAAUAUGCUACCUGUGUUUUUUCCCCGCGAUGAAUAUUAGCAUAAUGAAUUAUGAACAUUUCGUUUUAAAGCCUGCUUUUUUGAGGCAGUGAAAAAAGACUAAUAAAAACCAUGGUGUGUUUUUAAAAGCUUAAAUUCUAAGAGAAAGUGUUCUCAGAACUACUGACACACACACAAUAAAGGUGCUUACAGUCCAAAAUAGUUGACAAUGAUGAUCACAUGUACCAACUAUGAUGAUAAAAAAAAAAAAGAAACCUCUUCCGUAUUAUUGAAAUGAACAUUGAUUAUUUUUAAAUUAAAGUCUUUUAAGAAAGGUUAUUCAAAUGAGCCCAGGUAAAAAUCUCCUAUGAUUUAUAGUCAUACGUCACUUUUGUUUUAUUUUUUUUCUUCAUUUUCAGUUUAGCCUUGUUGAUUUUCCAGAAAUGGCAGGAAAAAAUUAACUCUGCAUGUCUCACGUAUAAUGUAAAAUAUUCAGCCUAAACCUGCAGAAAGUAUGUCUUUUAAAUAAAAGAAAACAGAUGCUCUAGCGUUUCUGCCGAAGAGAGUCCGGUUUAAACCUUCUGCAGUAUGCAAAUAUCAUCUCGUCUAUGUGAGUGUUUUACCCGAGUGGAUGCUGCAGGCUUGGAGGCUUCUGCCUGUGAUUUAGGUUGUAAUUUUAUUUGUGGAAAUAAACCAAUCGCGGAGCUCCAAUUGUCUUAGCGAUGAGGUGAUCAAUAGCCCAUUACUGGAUAGAACAGUGGCUACAGGAAGUGCAUUGAAGAUUUUAAUGCAUGAAUUAUGCAUGUGGUGCUCAUUCUUUAGUCUCCGAACAAAAUGACAGGGUUUGUGAAGUCGCCUCAGAUAGUUUCUUGCAUUAAGUGACUGCAGUGAAAUGCUUAAUAUUUUCAGGCAUAGAAGCAGCAUUGACUCAGGCCAGCCGAAUUUGGAAGAUGUAAAUCCCCCAGCUCGCAGCACAGAAUGCGUUAUUUGAGAGUAUUGCGAUGUAGAGAGCCAGCUUUACUGUCAUCUAACCUGCUCUCCCCAGAAGGUUGGCUGAAGGAUGGGAGCGGCUGUGCCUGCUUCUGAGGUCACAGCUUGAAGUCCUUUUAACUUGCUUUCUGCUGCAGGAGAGAGGCAUAUUGUGGUAUAACUGUCGCUGCAUUUAUUCAAACGGACAAUUUGCGAUAAAUAUUAUACCCAGAACAACAGAACACUCCACAUAUGAGGUGUUAAAUAUUAUCCAACUGCCAUAAAUCUAAAGCUUUUUUGGAAAAUUGAACCUAACCUCUACUGAACACAAGAUGAAAAUGUGGUUGCUGGUCAGUCAGUUGCUUGUGAUAAUAUCUUUUACAACCUGUCUAUCAGAGUUCACCUGGCACAGAAGGUAUGGUCAUGGAGUUUCUGAGGAAGACAAAGGAUUUGGACCAAUUUUUGAAGAGCAACCAAUCAAUACCAUUUAUCCAGAGGAGUCACCAGAAGGAAAAGUCUCACUAAACUGCAGGGCACGAGCCAGUCCUUUCCCAGUUUACAAAUGGAGAAUGAAUAAUGGGGAUGUUGAUCUGACAAGUGAUCGGUAUAGUAUGGUAGGAGGAAACCUUGUUAUCAACAACCCUGACAAACAGAAAGAUGCUGGAAUAUACUACUGCUUAGCGUCAAAUAACUAUGGGAUGGUCAGAAGCACUGAAGCAACCCUGAGCUUUGGAUAUCUCGAUCCUUUCCCACCUGAGGAACGUCCUGAGGUCAGAGUGAAAGAAGGGAAAGGAAUGGUGCUUCUCUGUGACCCUCCAUACCAUUUUCCAGAUGAUCUGAGCUACCGCUGGCUUCUAAAUGAAUUUCCUGUAUUUAUCACCAUGGAUAAACGACGAUUUGUGUCUCAGACAAAUGGCAAUCUCUACAUCGCGAAUGUCGAGGCAUCGGACAAAGGCAAUUAUUCCUGCUUUGUGUCCAGUCCUUCUAUCACAAAGAGUGUCUUCAGCAAAUUUAUCCCACUCAUUCCAUUACCUGAACGAACAACAAAACCAUAUCCUGCUGAUAUCGUAGUUCAGUUCAAGGACGUAUAUGCACUGAUGGGCCAAAACGUGACUUUAGAGUGUUUUGCACUUGGCAAUCCUGUUCCUGAUAUCCGAUGGCGGAAGGUCCUAGAACCAAUGCCAAGCACUGCUGAGAUCAGCACCUCUGGUGCUGUCCUCAAGAUCUUCAAUAUUCAGCUGGAAGAUGAAGGCACAUAUGAAUGUGAGGCUGAGAACAUUAGAGGAAAGGAUAAACACCAUGGAAGAAUUUAUGUUCAAGCAUUUCCCGAGUGGGUAGAACACAUCAAUGACACAGAGGUGGAUAUAGGCAGUGAUCUCUACUGGCCUUGUGUGGCCACAGGGAAGCCCAUCCCUACAAUCCGAUGGCUGAAAAAUGGAUAUUCGUAUCAUAAAGGGGAAUUGAGACUAUAUGAUGUGACUUUUGAAAAUGCUGGAAUGUACCAGUGCAUAGCUGAAAACACUCAUGGAGUCAUUUAUGCAAAUGCGGAGUUGAAGAUCUUGGCUUUGGCUCCAACUUUUGAAAUGAAUCCUAUGAAGAAAAAGAUCCUGGCUGCCAAAGGAGGAAGGGUUAUAAUUGAAUGUAAACCUAAAGCUGCACCAAAACCAAAAUUUUCCUGGAGCAAAGGGACAGAGUGGCUUGUCAAUAGCAGCAGAAUACUCAUUUGGGAAGAUGGCAGCUUGGAAAUCAAUAACAUUACAAGGAAUGAUGGUGGUAUCUAUACGUGCUUUGCAGAAAAUAAUAGAGGGAAGGCUAACAGCACUGGGACUCUUGUCAUCACAGAUCCCACGCGAAUUAUAUUGGCCCCAAUUAACGCUGAUAUCACUGUUGGAGAAAAUGCCACCAUGCAGUGUGCCGCUUCCUUUGAUCCUGCCCUGGAUCUCACAUUUAUUUGGUCCUUCAAUGGCUAUGUGAUCGAUUUUAACAAAGAGAACAUUCAUUACCAGCGGAAUUUUAUGCUGGAUUCCAAUGGGGAACUGCUCAUCAGAAAUGCCCAGCUGAAACAUGCUGGGAGAUACACAUGCACAGCUCAGACAAUUGUGGACAAUUCUUCAGCUUCGGCUGACCUUGUUGUGCGAGGUAAAAACAGAAAAGGUGGAGAGAAAAACAUGGUGGAUCCUUUUCUCCCCGUCUGUGCGAGCCUGCCUCCAACCUGGUGAUCGUUGACACUCACCAUUUGUGUGAAAGCUUUUCUUUUUUUUUUAACAUGUUAUACUAGAUUUUACUAAUUAACUUGAUCUUGUAGCUUCUGCAGUUUUUUCCCCCCAAUUUAGUUCUUAGAGGAGUUUUCCCCUUUUGAAACUUCUAAACAUACUUUGAGCAGAAAAGUAUUUAAAAAUAUAAUUAUACAGCUUCACUAAUAUCUGAAAAAUGCCUAGUGAACUAAUGCAGUGCAGUAUAUGAUAGUGAAGUGAAAUUUUUGUGUUUUCAUGUCCUUGUUUUUUCUUUGAAAUUACAUAUCUCAGAAAUUAGCUCAUUAUCUGAAAAAAUUAUGAAGAACUGGUGAAUUGUAAUACCACUGAAUGGAGUGUUUGAUUUACCCAAGCAGGUAAUGAACAAUCUUGUUGUCAAAUUCACUAAUGAGUCAUCUUUAUUAGGACGUAAGCUCAGGGCCAUUACACCAGCGGCCUUUUGUAUCCUGGUGCCAUACAUAUUCUUGGCAAGAAAGGAUGAAAAGCAGCAGUAAGCAACUGAAGAUUGCCCAUGGCUCUUUAAGGGUUUUGGAACAAUUCCCAGGAUUGGGAAGUGAAAAUGGACAGCAUGCAGAGGAAACUGUCAUCUCGAUAGCAAGAUUUAAGUGAAGAUGACUAAGCCGUUAACAGCAUACAUGCAUAUUUAAUUUUAUUAACUCCUACGUCAACCUUCUUGGAUCUUUUCUUUUAAGAGGAAAGUUGAAACUUUUAUUGGAAGGACUUGAGCAGAAGUGAAGGAUUAAAAUAGAAGUAUAGAUAAUUCUUUCUGGAACUGCUUAAAUUUCAUUGCUCAAAAAUACUUUCAUUUUCCCCCUUUGAUCAAAGAGACUUGCUUAAAACUCUUGCUUCUUUACAAGAAAUAAUUUUAGUCUUAAACAGGUUUAUAUUUAGAUGCAGGAUAUUAUAUGGACGUCUCAUUUAGUAAUGCUAGCAACGCCAUCUGUGGUUGAAAGAACCCUCAGGAAAGCUUUGAGGGAUAUGGAUGUGACUCUUAAAUGUAGACAUAAAGUUUUCUUUUAAAAAUAAUUUACUAGUCAUCUUAAAGGAAUAAAUGUCUCUGGCUCAGAUGUUACUUAUUUCCAUCUUUUUUAAAUUUUUUAUUUUCUAGUCUCAAUUCCUGUUACAGAAGGAAUUAUCUUCAAGUUUAGACUACAGAUCCAGGUCGAUUGCCAUUUUAAUAAGUUAUUUAAAAUUAAUUUGAGGAUCUUCAUGUAUCUUUAAAUAUCACCAUGGAGACAUGUGCAUGAAUCGUCAUUGUGGGCAUCUUCUUAAGUAGUCCGUAAUUGAAAGUGUACCACCAAGACCGGAGAGAAAUAUAGUCUUGAAAAGAAAGAAUAAAAAUUGCGAAAGAGAACCACACGACAAGUGUGACUUGUGCCAGGAAAGGAGAAUAUUCUUGUUUGGAUAAACGGCAUUGAUAUCAACUAGAAUUAUACAAAUUCAUUUACCUCCCGUUAGCCUCGUUCUCAUUUCUAAUUGGGAUCUAAGUUCAUUUCUAUCAGUGUAAGAGGUUUAAAAACUACCAUACUCCUACUAAAUGGUAGAGAUAUUUAAUAUUCAGAUUUAUCUUAAGACAGCCUUAAACAUUGACGAGACCACACAACAUCAAUUUGUGUUUUAUAACCUUAUAAUAGAGCCAUUGUCUUCACUAAUUUUUAGAACAAGAAAGAGCCUGUAGUAAUAAAGGGAUUUUGACUGAUAUAUUUUGGUAAAGAAGAAGGUACCUGCACUAAUAUAGCUGGUGUUCUUUGUGUUGUUAUUUUAAGAUUAUUUUAUUUUAAAAGGGAGGAUAAUAUGUUCUGAAAAGUUUGUUUUUCCUUAAUGUUCAAACUUUUCAUUAAAAUUUGCUAUUUUAGUAAAAAUAAAUGAUGACCCACAGGAUAGUUGUAUGUAGUGCUUUACUUUUAAUUACUUACUGGGAAAACACAAGUGGAAAGAGAAUGACACUAAGAUGUCUUUCCUGUUUAACAUCAAGGUUUAUUUUUUUUAUAUAUAUAUUUUUUUUCUGCUUUAUCUUCCCAACCCCUCCACCGCCCACGUACACAGUUGUAUAUCUUAGUUGCAGGUCCUUCUAGUUGUGAGAUGUAAGGUUUCUGUUAAAUGUGUGUGCUAUGUGGAGUGGAGUGCCAAAAGGACCAGUAGUUUUUUGGGUCCAGUUCCAACUAUUGUUGCUUAGAAAGCCAGUCAGUGUUUGAGGGGAGAAGACAUGUUAGGGCUACUACCUAAGGAUUGGCAUUGACUCAAGCCUAGGGCAUAGUCACGGCUACUAUGCAUCCUGUUUGAUCCCGGAGGAUCCCAAUUUCAAAUCUUCUAUCCUGUUUCACUUAUUAGAAAAGGAGUCUCAAGUGUUGAUCGAGACAAUAUGGUCAGCUAGCUUAUAAUGUGUGAAUAAUCAUUUUGAAAAAGUUUUUUCUGGCUAUUUUUCCUCCAAUAGCUAGUUUUUUUCCCCUCUAAUGUCUAAACUCUUCUUCAUUGAAUGUUACUACAUUCCUAGAGAAGAAAUAACAGACUUGAUAAAUAGUUAUAUUUUUGCUACUAAGUGGAAAUCACAUCUUUAUGUUCUUCAUAGGUAAAUAUUUUUUCCUAAAAAUGCUAACAAAAUUCAGGAAAGAUUAACAAAUAGCUUUAUGAAGAUCUAGAAAGACUGGGGGUGUAUUGAGUAUAAAUUUGUGAAUGAGUGAUAUGUUUAUCUUCACUUAUCUGAGUUAACAAGUUAGACAAAGAUUUGAAAAACUGUGGUCAAUGUAUUACAAUUUUUGUCAUUUUUUUCCAAAAUAUACACUUGUGCCCAAGUAUUCUCCCCAACAAGAAAGGUCUCCAAGGGAAAGCAAUCAAUACCAUUUUUGAAUUUGAUUCUGAUAAUGCUAUUUUUAAAUGAUUGUUUUUACUAUAGUAACUGAAAAUUUGGUCCCAUGGCAAAUUGGUUGGAUUUAAAUUGUAGCUUUGCCCUUUGCUUGCUGGGUGAAGUGGGCAUUUUAUUUACUCUAUCCAUAUCUCUGUUUCCUCAUCUGUAAAAUAGGGAAAAGAAUAGCGCCUACAUCAUAGGGUUAUUGGUAAGAAUUAUAAAAGGUUUAGCAAUAACUCUGAUGUAAUAAGGACUAAGUAAAAUAUAUUGUUUUUAUUAAAAUAUACAGUAUAAAUUUCCUUUUUUGAUUCACUAACAUUUUAUGUCAUGUAAAUUUUAUGUUGUUAUGAGCUCUUACUUGUUUAAAAAAUACAGACAAAUCCAAGAGAACAACAGUGUAAACGUAUAGUGUUCAAGUAAUUCUUUGAAGGUCUUUUGCAAACAGACACAUUUGGGUUACAUGAUCCGAACUUCAAAUGGACUUUUUCUCAUUUCCAGUAGGUUGUGCCAGGAAACCCAGUCUCUUGUCCUGAUACUGCACUUUGCCACAGACUAGCUGUGUGAUUCUGGCAAUAACCCUCCUAGACUUCAGCAUCCUUUUGUAAAAUGUACAGAUAUUGGCUUAAGCGAACUCUAAAAUGUGUGUGAUCUACAUUGCAUACCAAAAUGUUUCCAUUACUUAUCUGUAGCUAAUGAUUUAAUAGUAAAAACAUUGAGAACCUAGAGAAAUUUGGGGAAAGGGAGUAUGGAUAUGGCAAAUGAGACUGCAUUGAACCACAGAUGAGAGGGGACCAUUCUGGCUAUUUCCACAGUCCUUUGCCAGGCAAAAAAAUGACAGAAACAAGCUUCAGUAAAUUGUAGACUCUUUUUGCCUGACUUUGGAGACCCUACAACGUAGAAACAUCACGCUAACAAGGACCUUGAGAAACUAAUUACCCCCAUAGGUGAGAUUUUAUGGAGCACUCUCAAUCAGUAAUCCCUGAGAGGGAUAUUUAAAGCUGGAGAGAAAGAAUGUAAUGAGUGAAAAACCAGAAUAGUAAGAAUCAGGGUUAUGCAAAUAAAAAAGGAAGAACAGCCCGUGGUGGCAGGCUUCACCUGAAGAAGUACAGAGAGGUGACUCCAAGGAAGGUAGCAUCGAACACUAGGAUUUUGAAUAGGAAAAGUAGAUGCAAAGAAUCAACAUAGAACACUGUACUGUUAAUUUUAUAAAAGGGGAUUGGGUCAGCUGGAUAGGCCUAACACAUUUAGUGAUGUACACCCUUAAUGACAUCUGUCAGCAUGUGGAA